GUAUGCAUACUUUUGCCAUUCACCAAACUCGGCGACAUGUCCGUGGUAAACAUAAGACCAACUGAGUAUUUUUAAACAAAACAAUAAACUUUGGCUGGCAAGACAGGAAGGAGGCCACCGGAAUGACCACACUGUGUCGCACUUGUGGCCAGGAGGCGGGGCACUCCAAGGCACUCUUCGAGGAGGAUGACAGCCGCAUCCUGUGCAAUAUCCACAAGCUGACGGGGAUUAGGUUGACUGAUAGCCCAGGAGUGCCCGAAAGAAUAUGUUUGUCCUGUGUGCUGGACCUAAAGGAAGCCAUUGCCUUUAGGGAGCGCUGCAUCAAGACCAUAACUUCAUGGUUCAAUAGUCAUGACAAACCUGAGGAUUUGGACACUGACGCUGUCGAUGAGAAGAACAUUACUCAAAUAAAACCAAGAUUGGUUGUACCUAUCAAUACGCCGACCAUCCAUAGGCUGCCCACCAAUAGGUUGACCAUUAAAACGGUGCCCAUGCCCAUCAAAAUGGUGCCCACCAAUAGGAUGCCCAUCAGUACGGCGCCCAGCAAUAAGGUGCCCUUUAAUAUAGUGCCCACCAAUACGAUGCCCAUUAAUACAGUGCCCAUGCCCAUCAAUAUGUUGCCUGUUAACAUUGUGCCCAUCAAUAUUGUGCCCGUCAAUAUUGUGCCUAUUGGAAAGCCUUACAAGAUCAUUGAACCGGUAAAGAUUCCACCACAACGCAGCAAGAAAGUGGAUAAGAUUCCGGUUCAGACCAUUGAUGAUUUAACUUAUCCGGAAGCCUCCUCUGCUGAUCUCGUGGAUCCCCUGAGGUGCGAGGACACUAUCUACGUAAAAAACGAGCCCCUGCUUUCAGAUGAGGAGCCUGAGGAAUCCAGAAAUCUAGAAGUUACAUUGGAGGAGGAAAUAAAACUAGAAGUCAAAACAAAAGAAUCUACAAUCGAACCAUUAAGAAGAAGAUUUCCAUAUUCAGCAAGAAGAAAAAAAAACAAACCAACUAAGAUACGUGAGGAAACGACCAACGAUUCCUUGGAGAAGAAGUCUAUCAAGGAAUAUAAUGAGAAGAAGUCCAGCAAGGAAACUGUUGAGAAAGAGAGCUUACCAUAUCAUAUAAACAAUAAGUUAGAGGAUCUCCUCCUGGCUGAGGAUAGUGUUAAAGCUUCAUCGGGCAGACGGAAAAAGUCGGAAGCUGAGAAAGCUGCCACGCGAAGAAAGUACAGCGCGGCCAAAAGAGCGUUUGCCCUGGAGCACAGGCUUUUUUUCUGCGAUCAGUGCGGCAAAACCUUCGCUGAAAAUGGAAAUUUUAAGGUGCACCUUAAGACCCACACGGGCACCAAGGACUUUCAGUGCAAGGAGUGUGAUCGCAAGGAGUUAACCCAACACAUGCUCAAUUUGCACGUGCGGAUCAAGCAUCGCGGUGAGCUGCCCUAUGUGUGUAAGUACUGUGCCCAGCGGUUUGACAACUGCCUCAAGCGGUUGAACCACGAGCGAAACCACAAGGAGUACCCUAACCAAAAACCGCAUGUGUGCCACAUUUGCAAGAAGGGCUUCAAAAAAAAGGGUUGUCUUAAGAACCACAGCGUGGUGCACACGGGUGAACAACCAUUUUAUUGCGAGGUUUGCCAGACGUACUUCAAUCGCAGGAACGCCUUGUCCACCCACCGCAAGUCCAAAAUUCAUCGUUUGAAAGCUGAGAAGCAGGCGGAGAAUCCUGAUGACCAAGAAACAACUGAGCUAGAGAAUGAUUAAAACAUUCUUCUCUAAAUUUCUUAUGUCAGCACGGAGUACAAUGACAUUUUGUCUUUCAUUUGUGUGAGCAACUUGCACGGGGCAUCUUAUCGAUGUAAAUUCGACGUCUGCUGUUUUACGCUGUACGAGUGCCGGCAGAGGCUCAGCAGAGCUAUUCCCUGUGCCCGCUUAAUGGCUCGCUGCCGACCGCUGAUUUAAACUUUAAAAACUGUACAGGAGAAUGAUUUGCUCAAAUAAUUGUAAAAAAAACAAAUUUUUCAUAUACCACAUUUCCAUUAGAAUAAUUUUUGAAAUUGCAAUUAAGUGUCUUUGUGAUUUGAGAAUAAUAUGUUAUCGGUGGUAUCACUGCUCAUUAAAGAUAAAAAGAGAGAGUGAAAAAAUAAAGCACUAAGAAAUGUA